AUGAGUGGACUGCAUUUUCAUGUCAAUGAGGUGCCGAGUCCCCCUUCGAUUAUGCUUUUCGGUCUGCAACAAAUGAUGAUCUGUCUCUCAUCGUUACUAGUUAUUCCCUAUGUUGUAUCAGAUAUGUUAUGCGCAGGAGACCAGGCUCUACAAAUACGUGUUCAACUGAUCUCAGCUACAUUCGUCACAUCGGGUAUCGCCACAAUAUUGCAAACUACUUUUGGAAUGCGUCUCUCCAUACUCCACGGUCCCUCGUUUGCAUUCCUUCCUGCCCUCCACACCUUCCAGGCGACUUUCCCAUGUAAUGCAGACACUAACACCAAUAAUUGGGAGGAGAAAAUGCAGAUGAUCUCCGGAAGCUGCUUGAUCGCAGUUCUCAUCAUGCCAAUUCUCGGAUUUACGGGUCUCGUUGGGAAGAUUUCAAAGUAUAUUGGACCAGUUACAAUCGUCCCAAUUAUGAGUUUAUUGACAAUUGGCACCGUACCAGAUAUCGAAGAGAAAAUGGCCCUUCACUGGAUCUCAAUUGUAGAGUUCCUCACAUUAGUUCUGUUCGUUGUCCUUUUGGAACGUUAUGAAGUCCCUCUACCUGUGUUCUCCAUGUCAGAAAAGAAGAUCAAGUUUACCCGUCAGAAGAUUUUCAGUCAGUUCCCAUACCUCCUUGGAAUUUCAAUCGUCUGGUUUAUGUGUUUCAUUAUGACUGUAACCAAUGCAGAGCCACGUGGCGGAGAAGCAAGAACUGAUCAGAACGCUUCGAUCACCGUCUUCGAUCAGACUCCAUGGGUACAAGUGCCAAUGCCGUUGUUCUUCGGACCUCCUAAAUUCAAUUUGGCUCUGGUCUGUGGUUUCAUGGCAUCUUGUUUCGCAGCGAUGAUUGAGAGUAUUGGGGAUUAUAACCUAUGCGCCAAAAUUUCCAAACAAGCCCGUCCUCCUCCAUCCAACACAAAUCGUGCCUUCGUCGUAGAAGGCGUUGGAUGUAUUCUGGCAGCACUUUGGGGUGUUGGCACUGGAGUAACAACUUACGCAGAAAAUAUUGCGAUCAUGUCGGUGACGAAGGUGACGAGUCGAAUCACAAUGCAAAUGGCCGGGGUUCUUCUCAUCCUCGCCGGAGUCAUUUCGAAAUUUGCCGCUUUCUUGUCAAUGAUUCCGGAACCAAUCAUUGGAGGACUUCUUGCAAUGGGUGUUUGUCUGAUUAACGGAGUUUCAUUGAGCAACUUACAAACCGUUGAUAUGAAGAUAUCCAGGAAUUUGACAAUUAUUGGAAUCGCUAUUAUUAUGGGAUUGACAACUGCGACUCAUUUUGAAAAAACUCCAUUGAAUACAGGAAACCAAAUUGUCGAUGAUGUCUUUGGAACUCUCCUAACCAUCCGAAUGCUGAUCGGAGGAGUCAUUGCUUUCGUACUGGAUAAUAUCACCGGUGGAGCAACUAGAAGACAGCGAGGAUUCAUUUCUGAAAUGGAUGAGGAGCAAUCAGAUAUGGAAGAGCAGCCAACAGUUGAAUCAAACGGAUAUGCACUUCCAUCGUGUGUCAAUCAAUUCUUCUUAAAGUAUUCAUGGCUGACAUACUUGCCAGUGAUACCUUCGGAACGGGAAAUUCGAGAAAUUGAAGAAAAGAGAAAUAAGCUUGAUAUAAUUGAGAAGAUUGAGAAAGCAUAA